AUUUAUAUUUCUGUACCGUGAAAUGCGGUGUGCACAUUUUCCAAAAAUUUCGAAAUUCCUCCGCCGCCGGGAGCCGCCGGAAAUCGGCCAAAUCGUUUGUCUCCGGCGGGUGGGUAGGCGAUCCGCUUUGAAAUGAGUAACGGCGAACUCCUCAAAAUCGAACCUCUGGAGCUUCAAUUCCCAUUCGAAUUGAAGAAGCAGAUCUCAUGUUCGAUGCAAUUGACUAACAAGACCGACAAGCAUGUUGCAUUCAAGGUGAAGACUACAAAUCCAAAAAAGUAUUGUGUGAGGCCAAACACUGAAAUUGUGGGUCCUAACUCUACAUGUGAAGUUGUAGUUACAAUGCAAGCUCAAAAGGAAGUUCCACCAGACAUGCAGUGCAGGGACAAGUUUCUACUCCAGAGUGUAAUCAUGGGCCCUGAAUAUGCCGUCAAGGAUAUUACAGCUGAAAUGUUUGCUAAAGACUCUGGAAAUUUUGUUGAUGAAUGCAAGUUGAGAGUUGCACAUAUUCCACCCCAACAACCACCUUCACUGGUGCGAGAGGGGUCAGAGGAGGGCUCCUCACCGAGGGCCUCAGUUUCAGAUAACGGUGUUUCAAACUAUGCUUCUGAUUUCAACUUUAUGUCAAAAGGCUUUGCGGAUUCACAGGAAAACACUCCAGAGGUUAAGGCCCUGAUUUCCAAGCUUACUGAGGAGAAACGGUUGAUUAUUCAGCAAAAUGACAAGCUUCGGCAAGAACUGGAUCUGCUGAGGCGUCAAGGAAACAGAAGCCGGCGGGGCGGGGGAAUAAGGUACAUGUAGGUCGUAAUUGUUGGGUUGAUAGGCAUCCUCUUUGGAUAUCUCUUUAAGAGAUAAAAAUAUGAUGAUUGUUUGUGUGUGUGUUGG